CACGGAAAUGGGUGAAGACAAAGACAUUACUGAAGCAAACAAGGACCUUGUGCAUGAUGACAUUGUGCAAAUACAAAGGAGUGCUAUUAAUUCAGAGAGUCAGUUGUGGACAUCCCCUGUCCCUUAUGUCCUGGAUAAAGGCCUUGAUAUGAAUGCUAAAGGAGUCACCCUUCGAGCUUUUGAACAGUUCAGACUUAAGUCCUGCAUUGACUUCAAGCCUAGGAAUUCUGAGAAAUAUUACAUUUCUGUCAAGAAACUCAACGGUUGUUACUCCUAUGUGGGGCGGGUUGUGGCCAAUGGACAGGACCUCUCUAUCGGGAGCAACUGUGAUGGACUUCCCACGGUGGAACACGAGUUCCUUCACGCCCUCGGCUUUUACCACGAACAGUCAAGAGAGGACCGAGACGACUACGUGACCAUUGCAUUUGAAAACAUCAAAACAGGUUUUGAGAGCAAUUUCCGAAAAGCCAAGAACAGCAUCACUCAAGGAGUGUCCUACGACUACUGGUCAGUGAUGCAUUAUGGGAAGAAUGCAUUCAGCAAUGGAAACGGCUCAACAAUCGUGACCAUCGACCCCGCGUUCCAGGAUGUGAUUGGCCAACGACUGGAGAUGAGUCACAGGGAUGUGCAGGAGCUGAACUUGCUCUACAAGUGCAACUCCAGCAUUUCAGUCAUGAUGUACUGCGGCUUUGUUGGUGGCGCCAUAUGUCAGAUGACAAAGUGCUCGCGAAGUGGGCUCAAAGGCUGGCAAAUGGUAUCGCAGGUGGCAGUUGGUCCCAGCUCUGACCACACCGGUCUGCCCAGUGGUAGUGGGCCAGGUUACUUCAUGCAUGCCAGCACGGCGUCAGGCCAGGAAGGGGACUCGGCCUGGCUGGAGACCCACAGGAUGAGCCCCAGCAGGGAGUGUAACGUCCAGUGCCUUCAGUUCUACUACUACCACACUGGGAGUCCGUCAGACCAACUGAACAUCUGGAUGAGGGAAUUUGAUGAUGAGAAGGACUUGACGGGACAUCGCAGCCUGGUGGGACAGAUCACUGGUUCUCCAACAUCUCAUUGGCAGAUCCAACAUGUCUCCCUGAACGCCAACACGCAUUUCCAGGUGGAGUUUCAAGUACGAAAAGGCGCAGGGAAAUCUGCAGGCGGCUUCUCCGUCGAUGACAUCAACCUGUCGGAGAUGGAGUGCCCUCACGUGACGCUGCAGAUCAACAACCUGGAGAAGCUAUUGAACAGCAGCUCGUUCGGUACGGCCAUAUACAGCCCCAGGCAACACACCAGGGGGGGCUACUCGUACCGCGUGGGAACCAUGCUCUACAAGACGUACAUCGGGGCGUUUGUGCAGCUCCUGAACGGAACUCGUGACGAUGACCUGGAGUGGCCUUGCCCUCAUCGACAGAUGACCGCACAAAUGAUCGAUCAGAACACCGAAGUCCAGCUGCAGAUGUCAAAGAUGAGAAGUCUGACCUCUGACCCAAACAAGACUUUUGCAGACGGCACGUUUGCAUGGGACGACCCUCGUAAGAAUGGCCUCACAGGUGUGGACGAGAACAACAAGACGGUCUUUGUCAGUCGGUUGUUCGGCUGGUCCUACUUUGCCACUUUAGAACAAAUGAAGACCAGAGAUUUCCUCAAAGGAGGAAACAGUGUGCUGAGCUUCAGCUUCGAAGACAUUAGUCCUUUGGUGGGUGGACAUAGUUUGCCGUGUCGCAAAGCCGGGCCAGUGGACGUCACACAUCCUCCUAAAGACGAGGAUGAAGGGCCGUGUUCUUCAGAUGUUGCAGUCACCACAACACCCCUUCCCAACACUACAAGUGUUCCAACAACCAUUAUUACCACCACCCCAAUUCCUGUCGCCACAGAUGAGCCAAGAGAAUCCACCACCCUUCCUGUUCCUCACUCCACGGUCGAAAGCAUGUUUAGCGUAGGUCCCAACAUGGAGUCGUCUCCUGCUCUGGUCUUCUUCUUCAUCCUGACACUUCUCUUGCCUUGAUGGGCAGCUGGAAUGUUUUGAAGAAAAAACACAUACCUGAUCUGGUGGAGGAACUCAUUUGACAAGAAAUGUGUUGUUAAAUAAACCCUUCUGCAUUCUGGAAAGUGCAUCACAUAACAUUAAAAAAGUAAUCACAUUUAUUUCCAUCAUCACAUGAUCACCAUAUAUUAUGUCUAACCAAUGUUUGAUUUUUACAAGACGUUCUCAUGCAUCGCCCCGAUGCCUUUCUGACAUGCGCCUUGUUGUCCUCCGGUUUGUUUGAUACGCCAUAACGUAAAGACAUUUGUGCUACACGAUGUAGGCGUGGCUCGGCCAGUCCUGGCCCCUUGGUGGUCUCUGUCUCGCUGUCUUCCCCCAGAAAUCACAGUAGUAAAAGAGAGUCUCUGAAUGAUGUUGGGAAAAACUCAGUCCAGGUACCUGUGGGUCUUCUCCGUGCCUGUCCAAGCUGGGGGCCCGCCAGCUGGCUCCUGGGAGGGACGACGGGGCAGCUCCGAGACGCGCUAACCGAUAGUGACGCUGAAGCCGCACUGGAACUUGUUCUUGCGGUGGUUGAGGAAAGCUCCCAGGGCCAGAGUGAGGGGCAGGGGUAGUAGUUUCUUCUCCAGAGUGGCCCCUGCCACCCAGUUGCUGUCUACAGAGCCUGAUGGAGGAAGGACAAGAUGAUUGCUGCUGCAUUGUUCACAUUCAUAACUGAGACGAUACUUACCUUUAAAGAG